AUGUCUUUCUCAUUAUCUCGAGUCCUGAACCCUGCUCGCACUCGCUUCGCCGGUGCUUCAGUGAUUGCCCCCAAGGUGCUGGCAUCGUCUUCCACUCGCCUCUACUCAAGCACCAAGAAUGUAUUCAACCCCCACGAUAUCCACAAGGUCUCGCACAACCCGGAUCACAUCCAAACCAAGCUGCCUUCCAAGAAGGAAUUGCGCAACGCAAAGCGUUUCCGCGAGUUCGAUAUCGAGGGUCGUGUUUACGCUAUCACCGGUGGUGCUCGUGGUCUUGGACUAGCUAUGGCGGAAGCUAUCAUUGAAGCCGGUGGCAAGGUUUACGCACUUGAUCGCCUCGAACAGCCCGGUGCCGAUUUCCUCGCCGCAAAGAGCCAAGCCGAGAACGAAUAUGGUGGUCUGCUGGAGUAUAUCCAGAUCGAUGUCCGCAACCAUAAGGAAGUCGAGAACACAUUCGCCAUGAUCGGUGCCCAACAUGAGCGUCUGGAUGGUCUCAUUGCUGCCGCUGGAAUCAAUCAUCUCCAAUCUGCUCUCGAUUAUGACCGCGCUGCUCUCGACGAUGUGAUGUCUAUCAACUAUAAUGGUGUCUUCAACUCUGCCACUGCUGCCGCUCGCCAGAUGUUCAACUACCAGCAGAAAGGCUCCAUAUUGCUCGUUGCUUCGAUGAGUGGUUUGAUCGCGAACAAGGGUAUGACCUCUCCUGUUUACAACUCUUCCAAGGCGGCAGUUAUUCAGCUUGCGCGCUCUCUCGCUAUGGAAUGGGGUCGUCACGGUAUUCGUGUGAACUCACUUUGCCCCGGUCACAUCAUCACUCCUAUGGUGGAGGGUGUCUUCCAACAGAACCCUGCUGCGCGUGCAACUUGGGAGGCGGAGAACAUGCUUGGUCGUCUUGCGCUUCCUGAAGAGUUCCGUGGCUGUGCUCUAUUCGCUCUGUCCGAUGCCUCGAGCUUCAUGACCGGUAGCACCAUGUUGAUCGAUGGUGGUCACACUGCCUGGUGA